CAUUCACCACCCCUCCCUGAUCAAAUCCCCCAUUGUAUCUUGGUUACACAACUCCUCCUCACGUAUGCGCAAAAGCUUUAUCAACGGGUUCACUGCGGUCGCGCGAUUCUCAUUAUGGCUUUCAACCCCUCUCUCAGCACUACAGUCAACAACACUGCGGCCAUGAACGCAACCUCUUCUCAGUACCUCAAUCCGUCCGAGACUGCCAUGCUGGAUGUCUUCAUUCCAGGAUACUCCUUCAUCUCUCGGUUCUUGAUAUCCUAUCUGCAUAUCGACGUCUCUCAAUAUAUUCCCUACAUUCUAACCGCCAUCGCUUUUCUUGCGUCGCUCCAAUUUGUAUACAUCCGGUCUUACGAGAUCCUAAGCGACUAUUGUGUCUCAACCGCCGAGAUCCGCCUCGAGGACGAAGUAUACAAUUACCUCAUGUUUUGGAUGGCGCAGCACCCGGCUACCAAACGAUCGACUCAGUUUGUCGCCAGCACCAAGAUCUCCAGCGGAGCGCGGUACUACGAUUCCGACGACGAGGCAGAUUUGGGAGAUGAGGAUGAGUACGACGAGGACGGAAAUGUCAUCUCGGACUUCGAGGAUUACUGGGCCAAAACCGUCGCACGCGACAAGUUUAAACGACUCCGCUUCACCCCGGCCGAAGGGAAGCAUUUCUUCUGGUUCAAGGGUCGUCUUCUGACCUUCACCCGUGCCAAGGAGGAGAACAACAACACCAUCUCGUAUAUGCGAUACGUGCCUGAGCGGUUGUUCAUUUCCUGUCUGGGUCGUGAUCCGACGAUUCUGAAGGAGCUGCUGGCUGAAGCACAGAGAGCGUGGGUGGCACGAGAUGGGAACAGCACUUUGAUCUAUCGCGGCCAGAAGAACGGCGGGUACACCGACUGGGUGCGGUGCAUGGCGCGCCACCCCCGACCUCUCUCCACCGUGGUGUUGGACCAGGCUCAGAAACAGGCAUUCAUCAAGGACAUCAAGGAGUACCUUCAUCCCCGCACGAGGAGAUGGUAUUCCAAUCGCGGUAUUCCCUACCGCCGUGGCUAUCUGCUUCAUGGACCUCCCGGCACUGGGAAAACCAGUCUCUGUUUUGCGGCAUCGGGUCUCCUUGGUCUCCCAUUAUAUCUACUGAACCUAAGCUCGAAGAGCCUUGAUGAGGAUGACCUCAUGUCUUUGUUCCAGGAACUACCCCGACGAUGCAUUGUCCUUCUCGAGGAUGUCGACUGCGCCGGUAUCACGUCAAAGCGCGCUGCCAACCCAGAGGACAGCAAAAAUACCGACAACAAGGCCGCUCCCAACACCAACACUCCCAACGGCACCGAUGCCAAGAAGCCCUCGGAAGAAACUACCACCGACAACAAAGGGAUCACUCUGUCUGGCCUUCUCAACGUGAUUGACGGCGUCGCAGCCAGUGAAGGCCGGAUCCUCAUCAUGACGACCAACCACCCUGAGAAGCUCGAUGCCGCGCUCCUCCGUCCAGGACGAGUCGACAUGAGCAUCACCUUUGGCUACGCCCGAACCGCAGAUGUCCAGGAACUGUUCUCGUCCAUCUAUUCCACACUAGAGGGCGACUUGCGCUCUAUCACGCCCAACGGAAACGCCAAGGAUAGUACACGGAACGGCCUCAAGGACCUCGGAGAUGAGAAACUUCCACCCAUCUCAGAUGCGAUUCUCAAAUUGGCCGAAGAGUUCGCGGCUCGGGUUCCGUCGGGUGAGUUCACGGCCGCUGAGGUCCAGGGCUACCUCCUGAACUACAAAUCCGAUCCCGCCACCGCGAUUUCCGAUACUGCGGCUUGGUUGCAGCGUACUGAAAAGAUGCGAAAGGAGCGGAAAGAGAAGUCUGAGAAACAGGCUGCAUGAACAUACGGGCAUAUUCUUAUUGGCAAUGACGAUCAUGACGAAGAUAACUAUAGAGAUAGAUACCCUACUCUUAAUGAACUGUACUAUAAGCAUAACCGAAUCCUUGUUCUUUCUUUUCUUGCCUCUAGACUUCACAGAUGACACCCCUACUGAGCCCCCAGCCACAGACAAACA